AGGGAUGGAGAGAGUGGAGGAAAGGCAGCAAGAAGAAAGGAGCAGGACGUGAGAGAGGGCACCUGUCGGGGCUCCUUGAUAUCGCUUUGGGGCUGGGGCAUGAUAAGUCUGCAGAAAGAGGAGCACUUUUGAGAUAUGAUGACGCUCUUUGCUGGCGGGCGGUAGUACUAUGAUUUGGUAUGUGGCCACUUUGAUAGCAAGUGUGAUCAGCACCAGAGGUCUUGCAGCUCAAGGUGCCCACGGCCUUCGGGAGGAGCCUGAGUUUGUGACUGCAAGGGCUGGCGAGGGCGUUAUUCUGAGAUGCGAUGUGAUCCACCCUGUGACGGGACAACCUCCCCCCUACGUGGUCGAAUGGUUCAAGUUUGGGGUUCCCAUCCCCAUAUUCAUCAAGUUUGGCUACUAUCCCCCUCACGUGGAUCCUGAGUAUGCAGGCCGGGCCAGUCUUCACGAUAAGGCAUCCCUUCGGCUGGAGCAGGUACGCUCAGAAGACCAGGGCUGGUACGAGUGCAAAGUGCUCAUGCUGGACCAACAAUACGACACCUUCCACAAUGGCAGCUGGGUGCAUCUCACCAUCAAUGCACCCCCUACCUUCACGGAGACACCCCCUCAGUACAUCGAGGCUAAGGAAGGUGGCAGCAUCACCUUGACUUGCACAGCCUUUGGGAACCCAAAGCCCAUUGUCACUUGGCUCAAGGAAGGGACCCUCCUUGGGGCCAGUGGGAAAUUCCAGGUGAGUGAUGGGAGCCUGACAGUGACAUCUGUCAGUCGGGAUGACAGAGGUGCUUACACCUGUCGAGCAUAUAGCAUACAAGGAGAAGCUGUCCAUACCACCCACCUGCUUGUCCAAGGACCUCCCUUCAUUGUUUCCCCUCCAGAGAACAUCACUGUCAACAUAUCCCAGGAUGCAUUGCUCACCUGCCGGGCUGAGGCGUAUCCCGGCAACCUAACCUACACCUGGUACUGGCAGGAUGAAAACGUCUACUUCCAGAAUGACCUAAAGCUCAGAGUACGAAUCCUAAUUGAUGGAACAUUGAUCAUCUUCCGGGUGAAGCCAGAGGAUGCGGGAAAGUAUACCUGUGUCCCUAGCAACAGUCUGGGCCGUUCCCCCUCAGCCUCAGCUUACCUGACAGUGCAGUACCCAGCCCGUGUCCUCAACAUGCCACCAGUUAUAUAUGUGCCGGUGGGAAUACACGGUUACAUCCGCUGCCCCGUAGAUGCUGAGCCACCUGCCACCCUGGUCAAAUGGAAUAAAGAUGGCCGUCCCUUGCAGAUUGAGAAGAACCUGGGUUGGACCCUGAUGGAGGAUGGCUCUAUCCGCAUUGAAGAGGCAACGGAGGAGGCUCUCGGCACUUAUACCUGUGUGCCUUACAACACCUUGGGGACAAUGGGCCAGUCUGCUCCUGCGCGGCUUGUCCUGAAGGAUCCCCCCUACUUUACGGUGCUACCAGGCUGGGAAUAUAGGCAGGAGGCUGGCAGGGAGUUGCUCAUUCCCUGUGCUGCAGCAGGAGACCCCUUCCCUGUCAUCACCUGGAGAAAGGUAGGGAAACCCAGCAGAAGCAAGCACAAUGCCCUGCCCAGUGGGAGUCUUCAAUUCCGUGCCCUGAGCAAGGAGGACCAUGGAGAGUGGGAGUGCAUUGCCACCAAUGUGGUCACCAGCAUCACUGCCAGUACACACCUCACAGUCAUUGGCACCAGCCCUCAUGCCCCCAGCAGUGUUCGGGUCCUUGUCUCCAUGACGACUGCCAAUGUGUCCUGGGAGCCAGGCUAUGAUGGCGGCUACGAUCAGACAUUCUCAGUUUGGUACGGCCCUCUGAUGAAGAGGGCCCAGUUUGGGCCUCAUGACUGGCUGUCACUACCAGUACCGCCUGGACCAAGCUGGCUACUGGUGGACACUUUGGAACCUGAGACAGCAUACCAGUUCAGUGUCCUGGCACAAAACAAGUUGGGCACUAGCUCAUUCAGCGAGGUGGUCACUGUGAACACUUUAGCAUUCCCUAUCACAACUCCAGAACCCCUGGUGCUGGUUACCCCACCAAGGUGCCUCACAGCCAAUCGGACCCAGCAGGGUGUACUCCUAUCCUGGCUCCCACCCGCUAACCACAGCUUUCCCAUUGACCACUACAUCAUGGAGUUCCGAAUUGGAGAGCGCUGGGAGAUCUUGGAUGAUGCGAUUCUGGGUACUGAUGGAGACUUUUUUGCUAAAGACUUGUCACAGGACACUUGGUACGAGUUCCGAGUUCUGGCUGUCAUGCAGGAUUUGAUCAGUGAGCCCAGCAACAUUGCCGGCGUCUCCAGCACAGACAUCUUCCCACCGCCUGACCUGACGGACGAAGGGCUGGCCCGCCCAGUGUUGGCUGGCAUUGUGGCAACAAUCUGCUUCCUGGCAGCAGCCAUCCUUUUCAGCACGUUGGCCGCCUGCUUUGUCAACAAACAGCGGAAGCGCAAGCUCAAACGCAAAAAAGAUCCUCCACUCUCCAUCACUCAUUGCAGGAAGAGCCUGGAGUCUCCUUUAUCCUCUGGAAAAGCGAGUCCUGAGAGUAUCAGGACACUAAGAGCCCCAUCAGAAUCCUCCGAUGACCAGGGCCAGCCAGCAGCUAAGAGGAUGCUGAGCCCCAGCCGUGAGAAGGAGCUGUCCUUAUACAAGAAGACCAAGCGGGCCAUCAGCAGCAAAAAGUACAGCGUAGCCAAAGCUGAGGCUGAGGCUGAGGCCACCACGCCUAUCGAGCUUAUCAGCCGGGGCCCUGAUGGACGGUUCGUGAUGGAUCCCUCUGAGAUGGAGCCCUCGCUUAAGAGCCGGCGCAUUGAAGGCUUUCCCUUUGCAGAAGAGACUGACAUGUACCCCGAGUUCCGACAAUCAGAUGAGGAAAAUGAUGACCCACUAGUAGUGCCCACCUCGGUGGCUGCCCUCAAGUCUCAGCUGACCCCUCUGUCAUCUAGCCAAGAGUCCUACCUGCCGCCACCAGCAUACAGUCCCCGGUUCCAGCCCCGGGGGCUGGAGGGUCCCAGUGGUCUGGAAGGUCGGCUCCAGGCCACAGGCCAGGCCCGGCCCCCAGGCCCCCGGCCCUUCCACCACGGCCAGUACUACGGUUACCUCAGCAGCAGCAGCCCUGGGGAAGUGGAGCCCCCACCGUUCUACAUGCCUGAAGUGGGCAGCCCCCUGAGCUCCGUCAUGUCAUCCCCACCCCUGCACCCUGAGGGGCCUUUCGGUCACCCCACCAUCCCCGAGGAGAACGGCGAGAAUAACUCCAACAGCACGCUGCCCCUUACUCAGACACCUACGGGAGGCCGCUCCCCAGAGCCCUGGGGCCGACCUGAAUUUCCUUUCGGUGGGCUGGAGUCCCCAGCCAUGAUGUUCCCCCACCAGCUGCACCCUUGCGAUGUGGCAGAGAGCCUGCAGCCAAAGGCCUGCCUCCCCCGGGGACUGCCCCCCACCUCCCUCCAGGUGCCCGCAGCCUACCCGGGUAUCCUGUCUUUGGAGGCACCAAAGAGUUGGGCAGGCAAGUCACCUGGCAGAGGUCCAGUCGCAGUGCCCACCGCCACCAAGUGGCAGGACAAACCUAUGCAACCUCUGGUGAGCCAAGGGCAGCUCAGACAUACCAGCCAAGGUAUGGGCAUACCGGUGUUGCCUUACCCCGAGUCGGCCGAGCCCGCGGGUCAUGGCGGCCCAAGCACAUUCAGCCUGGACACCCGGUGGUAUGAGCCCCAGCCUCGGCCCAGGCCCAGCCCCCGGCAGGGCAGGCGAGCCGAGCCCAGUUUACAUCAAGUGGUGCUACAGCCCUCGCGGCUCUCGCCUCUGACCCAAAGUCCCCUAAGCUCCCGAACCGGCUCGCCGGAGCUCGCGGCCCGGGCAAGGCCCCGCCCUGGCCUCUUGCAGCAGGCAGAGAUGUCGGAGAUAACCCUACAGCCACCCGCCGCAGUCAGCUUCUCCCGCAAGUCCACGCCAUCCACUGGUUCCCCUUCCCAGAGCAGUCGGGGUGAUAGCCCCAGUUAUCGGCCGGCCAUGGGCUUCACCACCCUGGCCACCGGCUAUCCCUCCCCGCCCCAGGGCCCUGCUGGGCCUUCGGACAACCUGGAUGUGUUCGGACAGACACCCUCCCCUAGGAGGAUGGGGGAGGAGCUGCUCAGACCAGAGCCCCCACCAACAACCUUAUCCACUUCAGGAACACAUCCAUCUGCACCCGGGAAUUCUGCUGCACCUGAGAGGCUUGAAGCUCUGAAAUACCAACGGAUAAAGAAGCCCAAAAAGUCAACCAAGGGCUCCUCGAAAUCCAAAAAGCGAUCCGACGGUUCUGCUUCCCAGGUUCAGCAACUUCCUAACUCUCAGGUACUGUGGCCCGAUGAAGCUGUCUGCCUCCGAAAGAAGAAGAGACACUCUCGUCCUGAUCCCUUUGCCCGCCUCUCAGACCUGUGUCAUCGCCAGCUUGCUGAGGACCAGACGGCCAUUCUCAACAGUGUGGACCAUGAUGACUCAGGCCAUGCCACCUUGUUGUAGCUUAGCGCCAACUGUAAAGGUUCUAAGGGCAAGAGAAUUGGUUAGGGGGAUGGGGAGCAGAGGGGAGAAAGUGAUCUAUAAGAAAUAUAUGUUGGGGGGUGGGGGGAUGGUUAGAGUGGGUUUGACUGACACGGCAUGGGGGUAAAUUUGCUUCUUCCAUCAGUAAAUGGCUUGCCUUGAAUUUUUGUUGUGGGAAUUGUGCAAAUCUUUACUCCAGUCUGGACCAUUUCCUUCCUCUUCUCCUUUUGGAAUAGUCUUUGAAUGAAAUCCUCAAUCCCUUGGCCAGUUGGUCUCACUCACAGGGCAGAGGGAGGGAGGUAUAAGCUGUGAGUGCAGGGUCGUGGGAAGUAAUUUGAGAGCAGGGAAAAAGCUCCCUAGACAGACUUUUCUCAUCUCCUCCAGCUACCUUUGGGAGGGUUGAGGAAGAAGAGGAAGCCAAAUGUCUCCAUUUCUCUCUUCUUUUUCAGUUUUUCAAAUCCUGGAAGAUGGAUGGGUUUCCCAUCCUCCACCCCCUUCAAGCUUACAUAUGUAUAGAUACAGAUACAUAUCUAUAUAAUGUGUGUGUUUCUGUAUGUAUAUAUCUGUUCAGAUUGGUGGGUCAUGCAGAUUUAAGUGCUACAUGUCUUUCUGUGGUGUAUGAAGGGAGAAGAAGGGGGAAAGACAGCAGACAACUGGGUAUCUGUGGGUAGGAUGAACAUGGGGGUUAUUGGGAUGCCCCAGUGUCUGUCUCAGGAUUAUUCCUCCUUUCAAUGAAAUCCACAUGUUCCUGGCAGAAUCUACCAUUUGUCUUUGCUACUUUCUCUCAUGCAGAGGAAGUAUGGACCAUUGCUAUGUUUGCCAACCAUCAUCCCCACCUCCUCCCUUGCUACUUUUCCUAGCCCCUAGGUAAAGGAGAUAUGUUAUGGCAAGGGGCCUGGCUGGCAUCUUCCUUCCAUCCACAGUCCAGCCAAGGCUCCUGAGGCUCAGGCAGGAAGGCCUCUGGGUACAAACUCCAUCUCAUUCUUCACUCUCUCCUUGGUCAUUCCAGGGCUUGGAGCCCUAUGGCUGAAGGGGUCCCUUGCUCGACAGCCUGUCUACUGUGCUGAGUGCCAGGUUGCCUCAGCUCUAUUUAUAUCCUGUUUCCAGCAUGGUAGCACCCUCCCAAGUGCUACUUUAGACCAGCUGGUAGGAUUCUUUCUCCCCUUCUGUGGGAGACAAAAAACCCCAGACUGACUGAUCUCCACUCGUGCAGCACUUCCAAGUGCGCACCCGAUGAUCUUCCUCUGCCUCGUGGUAAAACUUCCUCCCCAACCUCUGGCUCAGACGGAAUAACAUCAGGUUAAUCCUGAAGGCUUGAGGUUUCUUGGCUUUUGUGGAGUGGGGGGAGUCACCUGACUUCCCCCCUCUUAUUUCUUUUCUGCUGGAGCUGGACCCUUGCCAUCCUAGCCCUAGGGAGUAACAUGUUCUCUGAUCUACCUUUUGCCAAAAUAUUGUGUGUCCAGACUGUUAGUUUCUGGCAGUUUUUGUGGAGUCAUCUUGGGGUUGCUUACAGUGUAUCACUUCCAAAAUGGUAAGCUGCUAGCCAAGAGUAAGACAGGAUGCUCUGAUGGUGGUGAAGGUGGGUGAUGGUGGGAUGAUUUCUUUCUCCUUUUGGCAUAGAAGGAGAUUGUUACCCUGCCUUAGCAGAAAGACCACCGGGCAUCUUCUUGGUGCUGUUGUCUUGGUGCACUUUAGGGUCCCAGCUUCUCCUCUGACUCCUACUUGGAUGCCAAGUUCUGGAGCAGUAAAAUUACCGGGUCUCACUCCACCUGGUUCAACGACAGUUGCCAAUAGCUGGGCCCUAGAGCGUAACCCUGUCCAUCUGGAUGGGUCCUCCCAGAGCCGGGCAGUUCCAUCUGCCCUGGGGCUUUUAAAUUGGAGGGGAAUUUGUCUCCCCCACCAUUGUGACAGGCCCCUGGUGCUUCUGCUUCCCAGCCUAGUGAGCCAGGGAUCAACCUUGCCUUUGGAUGGGGUUCCCCUGAAGCAAUUCAAGCCACCACAAUUCAUUUCUAACCAAGACAAGCCUGGAAUGAAAGGGAUGGGGAGAAGGUAUGGUUCUCCCACGCUGGAUAUUUCUGGUCUCCACUGUCUGAGACAUUUGUAUUUUUGUUUGGCAACUGGGAUUCUGGAUGAUGCUUCCAUCUUGCUUCAUCCAAAUCCUUUCUACCCCUGGCUGUCAGGGGAGCUAGUCUUCCCCAGUGAGGUCCUAGGGAAAACAGAGGAGAGAAAACUGGGUGACCCUGUGUCUUCUGUCUUGAGGCAGUUGCACCUCUGCCACUGUGCCAUGCUGUGUCCUUUAUUUUAGUGUCCGUACUGGUCAAUCUCAGGACGUGAGCAUCACUGAUGUAUUAAGGAGCAGGCAUAGCAUUAUGUCUUAGUUAAGGUUGGGUGAAGCCCUUGCUUGCAUUCUGCCUGUACAUACUUGCUUUUCUAGGAGUAGGAAGCCUAGAUUACCCUUCUGCAAACUUGGAGCUUUGGGCCCAGAACACCAAUAUUGAUGAGAUCAAAAUUUCCUGGCCACUUAUUUUUUGAAACUUCAAAAAAGACAUUUAGAUUCUGAACAACAAAGCCAUCCAAGGAAAGGAAGGGGUUAAAACUGGGCCCAAGGGAGAGGUAAUAUGGGAAAGAACAAAUAAAUGAUAGGAAACUUAGGUGAAUGGGCAAAGAUGAGAAACCUGAAGGAUGAACCUUGCUGUACUCCCUGGAGUUCAGCUAAGUCUGUCCUGUAAACUCCAGAUCCUGGUAGUUAGCUGAAUAUCUCUCUGGAAGAUGGUCUCUUUUUUUGGGCAUGAUUGGCAAGUAGUAGACCAUCCUUAGAUACACUGCUAAGACUUGUGCUGCAGGGAAGCCUCCGGUAGCACCAGCAGUGGGCCUGUCAAAACCCUAUCCUGCCCCUAGUAUAUCGGAGGCCUAUUUCUUGGACCGUCCUAGCAAAAGGUCCUUUUCUGAUCGGAAAUGUGUGAACUUCAGGAAUUUAUUGAUUUCUAGUAUGCCUAUCUCCUGUGGAAGAAGCAGUGGCUGGGGUAUUUGUAGCUACAAAGCUGCAGGUGCCUUUGAGCUGUAGGGCUGAAGAGGACCCUGGGCAGCAUCUGGAGGAUGUAGUCAGACUCACUGGGCUGGGGGUAGGUUCUUUGGGAGCCUAUGACUUCCUGCUGCUGUGUGGCAAUAUCUUGCUUGUGUGCAGGCCUGGCUUGGGGCUGAAGAGUCCUUAAGGCUCUGUUGGACUCCCUUGUCUGGCUGAGUCAAGCGGAGCCUGGGAAUCAUUGGGAGAGGAAAGGUGAGCAGUUACUUGACAAGCUACUGAGUACCAGUUUCCUUUGGGAUCUCUUGAGGUGAUCUUGGAGGCUGAUUAAAAAAAAAAAGCAGAAAUAUGCUUGAUUUAGAAGGCUUUGGUUUUCUUAGGUAUGAUUUGGGGUAGAAGAAAUGAAUGCUUCAUGGUGUUGGACCUCUAAAAUGAGCCUGUGAGCUUUAUUUUUUUUUUGGCAGGAAGUUAUGUGUGCAUAAACAUAAAAGCAUGCACACGCACACAUACAUAUACAAAUCUGUUCAUCGUGUUCUUCUGAGGAAAGCUUGGCCAGCAAGUUAUGCCCCUCGAUCCUUACAAAGGUGCUGAUCCCACCUCUUCUUCCUGCUGGCAAAUGCCUCUUCCCCUAGCACAUCAGGCCAGACAGGGUUGGAUGUUGUGCUCUGUGCCAGUCGCUAGAUUUUGUCUGUGCUUUAGUAUCUCUAUGACCAGGGAAAAAACACAGGGCCGGUCUGUGCUACCUUUCCAGGGGAGGAAAGUUUUAUAGGAUGGGCAUGUUUUCCCCUCUUUGGAGAGUUUCCUCAAGGGCAGGCAACUUUGGGUCUUCCUUCAAGAGGCUGAACUGGGGUGGCUAGGCAAGGAUGCUUUUGCCUGAUAUGAUGCAAAGCGGAGAUUUUGCUGACAUUUUUAGUUGGAGUAUGUGUAUGUGUGUGUGUGUGUGUGUGUGUGUGUGUGUGUGUCCAUGUAUAAGCAUGUCUAUCUCCAAACCUCCCUUCAUGUCCUUUUCUUUGUCCCUGAACAAUUAAAGUAGCACUAGAAUUCCCAGUAUAUCCAAAAUCCUACUCUCCUUUAUCCAAAAUCCUACUCUACUUGAGAUACCAAACCCCUGGCUGCCAUCCUGUGGGGUCUGAUUGAUUGCUUUUCAGGGUAGAGGCUGCUUUGCGGGGGGAGUCCUCCCUGAGUCCCAAACGUUGAUCUUUCUUCUUUCUUUUUCUUUAUAAUACCGCUAACUUCCACUGUCUCACUUUGAUUGUUGAAGGGGAUUGAAGCUGGGGAAAGAAUAAAAUGGAUCCCAAGAGAUCCUAAAGCAGUAAGCAUAGGAGAGUAGGUCUGAACCCCCUUAUGUUUAGGGAUAGGAAAUAGCAAUUGAAGAGGAGGUGGCAAAACCCAGUAUCAUCCCAGCCUUGAUCCUCAUUUAUUGAUUACCAGAUGAGGUUGGAUUUGUGGUCAUAAGGCCUUGGGGUCCUGUGGCAAGGAAACAUGGCUCUAUGCCCCAUAUGGGUGCUAGAACAUUGGCCUCAUAGGUAGGGCUGUGAGUACUGAGAUACCAUUUCCAUAACUGAGGAGUGCCUUGAUUCCAGUAAAUUAACUGGGUUAGUGCCCCCUUCCAUUGAGGAGAGAAUGGUCCCAUAGGUAUGGUCUGGGAAGGAUAGGACAGCUUUACUAUGAGAAGGCUGGUGGGGAUUUUGGGUGUUUCCCUAUCCUCUAUCCUAUGUUGACAUUUUCAAUUUGGUAUCCUCUGACAUGGAGUUAGUUUCUGUGCUAUCUCUUAACUCUCUUCGUUUCUAGGGGAAAGAGGGUAGGGGGUUUCAGGUUUUUGGUACUGGUACAUGUGUUCAAAACAGUGGCUUCUCAAAAGGAAGGAAUGAAUGUAGGGGGCAGCAAUUUAGGCUUCUUGACACCUUCCAGGAUUCAAACCUGGGGCUGAGGUUUGUUGUCCUGGUUGGGGGCAAAUUCCUUCUG